AUGAAGUUGGUGAAAAGAUCGAGAUAUCUGCUCGUGAACACGGCCGCGAACAUCACCUGCGAUCGACCCGAGAUACCGGCUACAGAGCGCGUCUUCCACAUUUUUAUCGCGAGGAUAAAUAUCGCGAUCAGAUGCGCCAAAUCCGCGGUCAGUCGAAAGAUAUUCAUACUGCCAAAAAGACCCGCGUUAUCGGAAUUCGGUACCCUGAAAAGCUCAAACGGCUCAAAAGCAGAAGUGGAGCAGAAGGCAUACACGUGCAAAACGUCUAUCAAAAAACUAACGACUGAACAUAAAGCGGUAAGAGCACGCCCAUCAGAACAACGCACAAUAACCGCACAACAAUACCACUGCUAA